UUUCACCAGAUUGCUGAGACUUCUAGCGGCAGUUAGUUAAAUAAUAAUUAUCUAAUAGUCACGUCACAGAAGAGAUUAAUCUUUUACUCACAGUUUCUGCUUCCCUCCAUCAUGUGAUAAUACUAUCGUUUUAAUACAACCAGUUAAGUAUCAAUUGUGUCUUUCCCUUCAAUUGUAUCACUCUAUUCAUAUUGGAACCUAAUUAGCAGUGAUUAUCACAUUUUAUAAUAACUUAUUGACAAAAGUUGGUUUAUUUUCAAGCCAAAGGAAAUAUGAAUGCAGUUAAUCCAUCAAAGCGUCCAUCACCAGUGUCAAUUGACCCUUUGGAAUUUUUGGUUUGCAAAAUUUGUGAUAAAGGUGAUGUUGUUUUGAACUUGAAAAUUUGUGGAUGCCUUUUCUGUAUUUCUUGUGACGGUGACUCUCGAGAUAUAUGUAUCUCUUGCCAAUCUAACGUUUUUCCAGGCAUAAAGGUGUCAUUCACAAAGAAUCCAAGAUGCAAGUAUUAUGAACACAACAAGUGCUAUAAUAUUGCCGUAUACAAGUGUAAAUGUAUUCAAAACUUGCUCUGUGGGUCAUGCCUUGACUCCACUCACAAGAAAAAGGUGCGCGGACCAUGUGUUCCUGAAGUUUUGAGACCCAAAGUUACCACUAAUCAUGAAAUAUGUCAAUUGUGCAAAGAAUUUUAUGCCGGAUUUAGAAUGACUUCUGCACCUUAUACAAAAAUUUGCUUGAAUUGUAAAACAAAUAAUAAUGCUAGUAUUGACUUGGAAAUUAUCAAUGAAGAGCCAGUAAUGGGAUUGAAUCGAAAAUUGGAUUGGAAUCAGCUUUAUAGAGACUAUGAACGAUCUUGCGAAAAUAUGUCGAAUAAAAUUAAAAAGAUUGAAGAUGAAUUAAAAUUAAGCAGAUUAGUUCGUGAACAGGAGAUGCAAAAAUGUAGAGAUGCGUUAUCUGAAUUAAAAAAAUUUUUUGUCGAACGUAUUAAACAAUAUAAUCGGUACAUUGCUGGACUUGAAUCGCAACUUGAAAACUUCAAAAAGAUUUCAAAUAUUUUGAAGCCCGAUGGUACAAUUAAAACUAUUCUUGAUCAACUCAAAAAUGAAAAAUUGGCCUUACAUGGAGAACAAGGAAAAGAUCAAAUAAUUAAUUUGUUGAAAUCUUGUCCAGGAAAAGAAUUCACUGAUUCUAUCUAUAAUCAUACAUUCAAACUUGUUCAGAUAUUUGUUGCAGAAGAAGAUUCCAGGAGACGCUACGUUUCAUACAUUUCACGACCUUGUCCGGCAGAUUUUUUGAGUGCAAUUAUUUCUGCAGACGUCAGACCGAUCUAUUUAUCAGUCGUGAAACCAUCAAAAGUAAAUGAACGUUUGAAAUUGAGUGAAGAAAUCAAGAAGCAUCAAGAUAAAUGGGUACGCAAAGACCAUUUUGAUGUGAAUGACAUUGUGAUUGUAUCUUUUGGAUGUAAAGAUGGCACCAAAACAUUCAAAAGAGCUAAAAUCUUAAGCAAAGGGAAUGACGAUUCCACAGUCUUGCUCCUUGAUUUUGGCUUUCAAGCUAAAGUCCCAAAUAGCUCAGUUGGUGAAAUUAACGGAAUCAAAAUUAAUGGCAAACCAACUUGUUUUGUUGCUCAACUCAGCGAACCCGACGAACACAUUUUUUCAUGCAUGUAUAGUGGGUUAAAUAAGUUCGAUGGACUACCUAAGGCUAUGCAAAUAAUGUACAAGUGAAGACUUCUAUUAGACCUGCGAGUUUAACUUGGUCUCGCUUGCAUUUAGAACGAACGCAUUUUAUCUAUUGAAGCACAAAUACAGUAAAAAAUAGCACAGAUGCAAACGACGCUAAAAACGUCCAAUAAUGAACUUAUGUUACCUUGUAACUAUAAUUUGAAUUUAAAACCAAUGCACCGCAAGUUAUGCAUUGAAAAAGUACAACCUGUCAUCUAAAUAUUAAUAAACAAAUUAUUGUAUAAUAA